AUCAAUAGUUUGGUCAUAGACAUAUUUUGUGUUGCGGAAAUGCGAUCUGUCGAUUCGGACUUUCCGGACAGGAUCUUUACUAAGCUUUGCCGCUAUUGCCAGGAGAUGGUUCGAAAAUCUCGUCAGCCACUUCAUGACCGCGCAGAUAAUAAACUUUAUAAUACGCGAGAUCUUCCGCAAGAGAGUCGAGCUGCUCACCAGCCCAACUUGUCUCAAUCAAGUGCACAACAGCUUGCUUCUCUGAGAGAUCUUCAACUGGCAGCUGCUUCUUCAUCCCGAGAACCUCCUGAAGUGGCCGCUGCCAGAGGCAGUUCUUCGCCCUCAUCGUUGGGCGCGACGGGAGCGCAUACCACCGACGCGUCGACGUCUCAGACAAGGAGAAGGCGCGAGACUAGGGAGACAUCGCGGACUUUGGCAGGUGCUCAGGGAUCGUCUCGCUCUCGUCAGCCUCCCUCAACAGAUGCAACUGAUCCAGCAAUCGCAGCUACACGAUCUAAUGCACCUACCGAUUUCACCUCUAAGUCUAUGUCAUCGACCCCAUCUGUCUCUCAAGCACAUCAUCAGCAAUCAUAUCCUGUACAGGCAGGUCAUCCAGUGGGGACCCAACAGCAAAGUGUUCAACGCACCAGGCCCCCGUCCACAUCUCAACCCGCGUCGUCUCAGUAUUCAGCUUAUACUUCUUCUCACACUUCCACUGUUCCAUUUACCUCCAGUCAACGUGCAGGUGAUGCAAGUGGCAUUUUGCAACCUGGUACAGUGCAUGAUGAUCGCAGUCGUAUGGGAUCACAAGUGCUUCCUCAGUCUCAACAGGCGAGACACCAUGCUCCCGCUCCAUUAUACCGCUUUGGCUCUAUUGAUCCUGGUGUUGAACCGUCUUCACACUCUGGUCAGGCGUCAGCCCAGAAUGCCUCACUAGUCCCAUCUGCACAGUACACACCCGGCGCUGUAAGGCAGCGUGCUUCGGAGCAAGGCAUACCUCCUAUACCUUCAGCUCAGGCUGCUCACCCGGAACGUCGUAUGCAUGUGAAUCCUGGUGUCUCAUCGGCCUCGGCUUCGGUAUCUGCGAGUAUUUUUGCCCAUCACCCCUUACCCUCUGCUGUCUUGACUUCCGGUACCUCUACCUAUAGUCCGCAGCAACAACAACCUGGUUUCUACCCUUCUUCUACGGUUGCUGCUGGACCAUCUGGUCCUUUUAAUGCUCAUCCUGGUUCGUCUUCGCAUGCUGGUGCUCUACACUUGGGGACCUCUCAGGGUCCAGCAUCUACAAACCCGACCAAUGUCGGAUCCUUCCCGAAUCUUCAGCAACAAUUCUACAAUCAGAACGCUGGAACAUUGCAUGACAUGACUACCCUUGCUAAUGCACUACCUGCUGUUCCCACAUCUUCGUCUACUUCUCAUACUGCGUCGUAUCCACCCCAGCGCCAGAUAGUUGUGCCUCCGCAGUCUCAUGGAAGACCUCCUCUUCCACCCGGUCAACCGCAGCACAAUGCGGCGAAUCAGUACCAUCCAAGCUCAACACGCCCUCCCCCAUCUGGGAAUAACUACUAUAACUCUGCUCGCUAAGUUGCCUUCGCUAUGACAUGACGCAUGCUGUCUCCGUUACUUCGACUUUCACAUCCUGUUUUCUACCUUGUCCUGCUCUCAUUGCUAUUCACCUAUGCCAGUCUCACUUUUCUUUAUUAUGCGACCCUCAAAUUCAGGUUUCCGUCCAUUGCAGCGCACUCGUCUGCCUAUCCCGAUACUAAGUUUACAUCUCCAUGUAGAUCUAUCAACGCCCAAAUAUGCCUUAGUAUUGUUCGAUCUGUUGCUUACCUGUACGAAUUGUAUGCCUUCCUUGAAA